GCCGCCGGACUGCCACCACCGCACCGUCGCGAACCUCGCAAGCUCGGAGCAGCGGCGGCCAGUAAGCUCCGGCAGUCGCGAGCGGCCAACUCAUCGAGCGGGUGCUUCACCGGUGGUGCUUGCGACGGUGCCGCGCGCGCAAAAAGGCACACCACACACGCUCGCUUAAACUGUCAUAUAUAUACGCAUACAUACAUAUAUAUAUACGUUUAUAUAUAUAAAAACGCGCACAAGUACACGGCCACGCCACGUAUUCAUACCAAGGGUGUCCGCGCGGGCGCACGCAGCCACGCGCGCGUACGCACCGUCCGCGCGCGCGCGCGACGCGUCGCAUCGCGCAGCGGAAGGAGCAACGGCGGAGAAGCUGUCGGGCGUGAGAGCGAUACUCUCGCGCACCAAGUGACAUCGGGCACGGCGGAUAGUCGAGCUUGCGAGCGGAUCGUGGUGAGCGUAAGCUUGCGGAGGCGGACAGCUGAGGGGGAAGAUCGACGUGCGAGCUCCCGGUGCUGGAGCUUGCGGAGACGCGCUACCUUCUCGGCAGGAAACCCCGUUGUGAGAGUUGUUCCGACCGGCUGGCGUGCUUCCGGAGUCUGCGACCGGCGAGUCGACGCAUCGCCGGGAACGAAGAGCUUGACAGGCUGGAUGCGUCGCGGGAGAAGCACGCGCGGUGCUUGCGUGAGCUGUCGCGUGUGGCGGUGAGGGAGUCUGCGUGCUUGCGCCCUGGCAAUCGUCGGGAAAGCCACGAGGAAGGAGUUCGGGAUCACACCAGGACAGACACUGUGCGGAACGAGCUUGCGUGACCACGGAAAGCUCGCGCGUGCCGUCGGAGUGCCCGAUGAACGAAACUCGCUCGACGUUGGACGCUCGAGCGAGUGACGAACGCUUCUUUUAGUUCUGACGCGAGGCACGGCGGAGCUUUGAGAAAGCACGCCGGGCAGUUGCGGACGCUCUUUCGUUGACUGUUUGAUGUUUACUCGUAAGCGUUCUCUUCUCUAUCUUGUAGGCAGCUACAGAGAAGCUUUGCCCUCGCGAAUUUGUACCCUCGCUAAGCGAGAUCGCGGCUGUUCAUCCGGAUAAUGCACGAUAGAUCUUUGUAGAGAGAAACGAAAUUCUUCUCAUCUUUAGCCAGCUGGCAUUCGCAAGCUCGCCUCUUGAUACGUAGUGUCUUAAAUAAUAGCGAAGAGCUCCACUUGGGCAUAUUACUGCGAAAAGCGUGAGCAUUACCUGCUAUAAAUCUGCACGAAAGAAAUUUUAGAGAAAUCUCUAAUCUUGUUGCAAUUCUAGAUUAUUCUUAUCUCAAGUAUCGUGAUCGUCUUCACAGCUUUUGAAACGAGUUUUCUCGUUAUUGUUAAGAAAAAACGUUUUGUUACUUGCUAUGUGUGAACUCGAGCAAUUUUCCUAGACAGAGAAACGAGUCUAUCGCGUCCCAUUGACGAGCAAUGUCGCCGGCAGCCGUCUUUUCGAAGAGUACGCCUGUAGUUACAUAGAUGCCCGACGAAGAGCUCGCAAGAUCGAGAAUGUAGUAUCCUGGUGGGCGCUUGCUGGCGGAGAUUCAAGCUAAGGCUCUCGCGGUGGCCAAGCAAGCCGAAACAGGUGGAAGAUCUCCGACCCGAUACUCUGAAGAGCACCACGAAGAGCGCUAUCGCGCGACUAUCGAUGAUGGUAGAGGGCAUGUUGCCAGAGUGCAAUUGGUUGGUUCGGCGCGCGUCUUUGCUCGGCUCGGGUUCUGCUGCGUGCCGGUCAUCAUCUCGUUGAGCUCAAUAUUUCCACGAGAUUGAAACAGAGAAGGAGAAACAGAGAUCAUUGAAGAAUGUUAAGAAUGCUGAAAUGACGAAUCUCGGGAUCGUAUCCGAUCUUGAACCGUCGACGCCGACGUCGUCGUCGUUGUCGUCGUCACGACGUUGGAGCGGCAAGCGAUGCCUGACCAGUUAAUAAGUCUCUUGCGACUUGCGACUUCGUAACGUCGAAUGCGGCGAGGAGCGACAGAUUUCGGUGAGAGACUGUUUUGAUAUCUAAAUCUCAACAAGUUAAAGAACGACACGUCUCUUGAAGGAGUUUCGAAAUUUUUCCCAGGAAGAUAAGCUUCGUCGGAGAGGAUUAAGCGUAUGCAGCCGACGCGCUAGUAAGUAAAUAAAUAGAUUUAUAGAUAAGUAAGAUAGAUGGGAUAGAUGGGAGUAGAACGACUGUCGACCACGAGGAAGACGCGUGUAGCAAGUAAAUCCUGAAUGUAGUUGAAUGAGAGCUAAGGUCGGGCUAGACAGUGAUGCUAGAGGUUGAGAACUUGAAUUAAAAAUAGAGAUUAGCAACGCGGUCAUUCUUUAAGAGAGAUCUAGGCUAGUAGUCGUACUACUGACCGCACCGUAGACUUGAAGAGACAUGAAUCAAAUGAGCGUCAGUUCGAGCUGAUUGAAGAAGAAUCGUGGCAAGAAGUGACGUGUUCCGCGUCGCGAAUUGGAGAGAGGAGAUCCAGGAGAUUUAUUUAAGGAUUCAAAGGAUUUAUUGUAUCUGAACGUAGAAGAGAUUUCUGGAGAGUUGCCAGUCACGAAUACAAAAAAUUAUUUCAAGUUUGUUCAAGCUGGAAAGAUAUUUAGAGCAUCACCGAGACAGCGGCGAACGUUCGAGAAGUGCGCGCGGCGUCGCACGUCUCAACUCGUAAAUGCCGCAUAGGCGAAAAGAUAUUCUACGCAGUUCGAGAAUCUCAUCUCUCGCCAAGGCAACUCUUUGUCGUAAGCGAUCGAUGCGGUUCAGGUCACCGAUGUCAGGCUCGUAGAUCUAGGAUCGCCGCUCUGAGGAGAGAGAGAAAGAGAGAGAGAGAGAGAGAGAGGGAGAGAGAGAGAGAGAGACAUCAGAGGCAUCGACGGUGAACUCGGCGCGGCGAGGGAGUAGAGCGUGCCGCCGACGCUUCCGGUCGACUGGCUCUCCCGCUAUCCUGAAGGAAGAUUCCACCUUCAAGCAUGGCCUCGGUGGCAGCGUGGCUGCCGUUCGCCCGCGCGGCGGCGAUCGGCUGGGUGCCGAUCGCCACACACCCACUGCCACCGCCGCCGAUCCCGAAGGACCGACGCAAGGCCGACGACGAGAAGUUGCUGAUCAACGUGAGUGGCCGUCGCUUUGAGACAUGGCGCAACACCCUGGAGAAGUACCCGGAUACAUUACUCGGCUCGAACGAGCGUGAGUUCUUCUACGACGAGGAGAGCAAGGAGUACUUCUUUGAUCGGGAUCCGGAUAUCUUCCGGCACAUCCUGAACUACUAUAGGACUGGUAAGCUGCACUAUCCGAAGCACGAGUGCCUGACGAGCUACGACGAGGAGCUAGCGUUCUUCGGCAUCCUCCCGGAUGUGAUCGGCGACUGCUGCUAUGAGGACUAUCGGGACCGUAAGCGCGAGAACGCCGAGCGGCUGAUGGACGACAAACUGAGCGAGAACGGCGAUCAGAACCUCCAGCAGCUGCUCGACAUACGGCAGAAGAUGUGGCGGGCGUUUCAGAAUCCGCACAUCUCCACCGCUGCGUUGGUAUUCUAUUAUGUUACCGGAUUCUUCAUCGCCGUGAGCGUGCUGGCGAACGUGGUGGAGACCGUGCCGUGCGGCAAUCGUCCGGGCCGCGCCGGCACCCUCUCGUGCGGCGAGCGCUACAAGAUCGUGUUCUUCUGCCUCGACACCGCGUGCGUGAUGAUCUUCACGGCCGAAUACCUGCUCAGGCUGUUCGCCGCGCCCAGCCGGUGCAAGUUCGCGCGAUCCGUGAUGUCGGUCAUCGACGUGGUCGCGAUACUGCCGUACUACAUCGGGCUCGGGAUCACAGAUAACGACGACGUGUCGGGCGCGUUCGUAACGCUGCGCGUGUUCCGCGUGUUCCGCAUCUUCAAGUUUUCGCGCCACUCGCAGGGGCUGCGGAUCCUGGGCUACACCCUUAAGUCCUGCGCCUCCGAGCUGGGUUUCCUCGUGUUCUCGCUCGCGAUGGCUAUCAUCAUCUUCGCCACCGUUAUGUUCUACGCGGAGAAGAACGUCGACGGCACCAACUUCACUUCGAUACCUUCCGCCUUCUGGUACACCAUCGUCACGAUGACUACGCUGGGCUACGGUGACAUGGUUCCGAAAACGAUCGCGGGAAAAAUCGUUGGGGGUGUAUGCUCCUUAAGCGGUGUCCUAGUGAUCGCUUUACCGGUGCCUGUAAUCGUCAGUAAUUUCAGCAGAAUAUAUCAUCAAAAUCAACGUGCUGACAAACGGAAGGCGCAGAGGAAAGCCAGAUUGGCGCGUAUCAGAAUCGCGAAGGCGUCGAGCGGCGCCGCCUUCGUGAGCAAAAAGAAGGCAGCGGAGGCGCGUUUGGCCGCUCAGGAGGGCGGAGGAGGCCUGCAGCUGGAGGAGUACUACAAGGAGGAGGAUAUCUUCGAGCUGCAGCAUCAUCACCUACUUCGUUGCUUAGAGAAGACCACGGACCGCGAAUUCGUGGAGAUGGAGGUGCCGUACAACGGUGCUCCGAAGAGGCCGGGUUCACCGUCGCCCCUGACCUCCCCCGCGCACAGCACUGCCUCCAGGGGCGGCCUGCUGCAGUCCUGCUGCGGGCGCUGCUACCCCCAACGUUACCAGAGUCUGUCCUAUCAGCUUACCUCGAACGAGAGCAAGGACAGAGUGGUGCUCAUAUACGGCGACCGUAUACAGGUGCGGAAAAAGGUAAAGAAACCAUGUUGCUCGGCAGACGAUUGUGGGAACAAUGACGAUAAUGAUGAUAAUGAUGAUGCUCUGAUGAUGAUGAGGCUGAUGACACGUUACGUUACAUGUGAUAGAUUUUUGUGUGAUAUAUCAAUUGUUCGGAGCGCGCUUCUGCGUCCUCCGCCAUGAGAGACACAUUAGGAUCCUCCCCCAGCAAGCCUUCUCCCUUCCGGCGCUCGUUAAUGCCUCUAAGAGCGAUCGGUUCUCGGAUUGGCUUAUUCGGUGUCCGCUUUCAUCCUCGACAGAAAUCCCUCUUUCCUGCUGCGCUUAUUUAGGGGUUUCUGCAUUGUCCCCUGGAGAGCCUCGUCGACUGGAACUGCGCAUUUAGUAUAUGGAUUAUUUAGUGUGCAACUUGCUUCUUGUGGUUAUGGAUGUAUGGCUGCCUUGCUUUUAGGGAGGACGGUUAGAUGCUUUUAGGGAUCCGCGAGCGAUUUCGAGAGCUGAUGGCUCUUCUGCGCUGACCGAGCUUCAUCUCGCAAAUCUUUUCUUAUUGCAUAGCCAUAGGCAGCUUUCGUAAUUUGCACAGUACACGAAUAUAAAUAAUACAAAUAAAUGUAAAUCGCUUUUAUUAUAUUUUGGCAUUCUUCAGUAAUACAUACUUACACGCAUUUAAUUUCUUUUAUCACGCUGGUCAUUAAAAUAUUUUUAUUCAAAUAUUAUGCGAUUAUACAUAUUCAUUUACGAAAAUCGAUAAUAUAAUUCAAUAAGCUUGCGCCCCAUGCGGCAUUCGCGGAUAUUCAAAUAUCGGUGAAUUUCCCUUUGCAAAUAUUAUCGCAAAUUGAAAUUUUUUACCUCGUGUAUGCCAAAUCGUGUAUGCUACAGUUAUUAAUUUAAAAUACAUUGACGAGUUACAUUGCGCUGGUGGUUUUUGAUCGAACGAAUAUUUCGGUUCAAAAAUAUUCACUGUUCUAUUCAGAGAGUUUUACUGUUCUCGUAAAGCUCAAAUUUCCGGAUAAUCUUGCCAAUGAAUAUGAAAAUUGACAAUUGACAUUAGCGUUAUAAUGUGCUGGCUUUGCGCUUAUUUCUUUUAAAAUAUAACGCCUUGUCCCUAUGUACGUUCGCGGCUUCUGGCCUCUCUUUGUUCUGCAACUUGCAGCACUAUCGACACGCGCUUUUUCUUUUGUUUAAACUUUAGGCACGAAACGCGCAAGGACUGCGCGAGCGAGGAAACUAACGAACGAAAAAUUGCGCUAUUCUCUUUAAAAACGGAAUAUUUUUCUCUUCCAGUCUUUGGUCUCGUCGCUCCUUUUGUGAGAUUUGUCUACGCGUAUUGGAUUUUCUCGUCUCCAUUCUUGCACGAAAAUUUAGAAUACAUCCUCGACGUUUGAAAGUCACGUAGUAUUUUUUCCGAAUACUCUUUCGGCGUUUAAUCUUUUGAAAACGUUUUCUUACAAACACAUUUGUAAUACUAAUUUAUUUGAUUUAAAGUUGCAAGUCAUUACAAGUUGAUGGCUUUAAUUUUGAGACAUCAUUAUUUUCUAUGGUGUAUGUAAAUUCGAGUAUUACUGUAUUCUCAUUCUACAUUCUUCUGUUAAGCAGAAACGUUGCGGGUGAAAAGUUCGAAGAGAGCAGGAGGUCAGGCAUAAAGGGCCACAAACCACGGAAUAGGCUGUUAGUUUCUUUCGCUGUUUCUCUCUCUUUUCCUUUUUUCGCACUUUCAUGAUUUUCUUUCGAAACGACUUUAAAGGCGUUGACGAUUGAAAUACGAGUUUUCCGUGUUUCUUUUGAGAUUUUACGGUCUAAAAAAGUACCUUCGCUUUCGUACGCUCAAUUUUUGCUUUCUUUUUCUUUUUCCUUUUUCUUUAUCUUUACUGCAUUUUACACACGCGCCAUGAAAAUAUUUUUUCAAACGUUUCGCCAACGUCCGACGUCACGGAGCGAGAGGGGCAAUUGUUUUUGUAGCAUUUACAUGCCCGACAAGCCUCUAUAGUCGCUUGUUGUAUCUAUUCUGUCUCGAGUUUAUUAUUUUAUCGAUAAAUUUACUUUACGAGUAAAUACAUUCGACCAAACCGCAACGCAGAUUUCUCGCAUUCCAUAUAUUGUUUUAAAGUUGCACUGUUAAUAUUACAUAAUAAAAAUGGUUCUGGCAUAUUGCGUAUAUAUAAUUAAUUAAAAUGUUGCGUGCACAAAAAAAUGAAAGCUGUUUUUUAUUUUUUUUAUUUUCAUGACGAUGCAAUUAAAAGAAAAAAGAAAAGAAUGGCUGCUUUAAUGUUUUACACGUUUUAUGACUUUGGUCGCAACACUGGUUGCAUUAAAAUUACAUCUUAAAUGCCACGUAACGAACGAAACUAUAAUUAAACAAGCAGUUUGUUUCGUUUGCACAGCAGCUGCCAUUUAAUUUAAAUUAAUUACAGGUUGCCUAGGUGACUGUCAAAAGUCCGUGCAUUUUUUUGCGUCAGGGGAUCGAUCAUGUAAUUUCGAGUGAAACUUUUCACUUUUCACUUUAUCCAUUUCGUGUGAACUGUUUCAGUAUUCACGCGAUUACGUAACUUUGUUCGUGGAAAAGUACAAUCCCUAAGGAGAGUGUCUUUCUCACCGUUUUCUUAAAAAACUAUGCUGACCUGGACCUGAUGACGCCGAUUAAUCAGAUAAACGAGAUAGGCGAGGACCCGACGACGAUAAAGAACGAGCAGCCCUCGCGACAGCUACCUCAACAGGAGGAGCAGGAGGCUAGCAUGCAAUAUUGAAUAUUUUGAUGCGAAAAUACGUGAAACUUUUCACUUUUCAUCCUAGGGAAAAAGUUACGUGAUCGCUGCCCAGAUACAGAAGUGCUUGUUUAAAUGCAUUCUAUAAAACAAGCGAAUGAUUAUCGAAGCAUUUUAAUCAGAGCGCUGCGAUUGCCUCGUAAAUCUUUCGCUUUGCUGUGAAUUUAACUAAAUGAUUUCAUUGCGUUUAUUUUCCAUAGGUAAUGAACAAAGCAUGAACUUCAGAAAAAAAAGAUUCUUUAUAGCGUUCAAACUUUGAAAUUCUUUUCUUCGUGGAUUUUAUAUUUUUUACAGUUUCUUUUUUUUAUACCAUUUUUAUACCAUUAUUUUUCAUUUGUUAAUUUAUUAGUUAAUGUUUAAAUAUAUUUUUAUUUAGAGGGAAGUAGAACUAUUCAUUACAUACAAGUACAACUAUUCAUUUUAUAUAUAUAUUUGUUAUUUAGAUAUUUUUAAUUUAUUAUGAAUUUUAUAGAUACGCUCUGAUACAUUACGUAGCAAAUUACGUUUACGUAGCAAAUUUUGAUUUAUAUACUUAGAAAUGAUACUUUUUAUGCAUAUUAGUGUUAUAUCGUAUACAUUGUAUUAUUUAAAUUAUAUUUACAUUUAAUCCGUGUUAUGUAUUCUGUUGUAGCGAUAGGAUUAACUACAAUUAGAUAAGUAAGUAGAUGAUAAAUGAACCAAGAGAUAAUGUUAAUUAAAAUCGACCGACGUGAAUGCAAACGAAAAUUAAACAGAUCAGACUGCCUUAUUUGCAUUGAUGACGGUGUUUCAUGCGAAGUGUAAUUAGACAUUAUGAAAGUGACUAUCAAAGACAAAGGUUGUGCAUUUAUUUCGGUGGGAUUUACUAUCGCUCGCUCACAGUGGUUCGUUAACUAAAUCCUCGUAAACGUCUACUAAAUUUCGCAUAAAGCCGCCGGCGCGUCAAUACACCGAAUAAAUUUAGCCAUAAAAACAUCUUUACGGCCGCUGUACGAAACGAGUGCGUCUAAAACUGUGACGUAAAAUUUUGUUUAAAUUUCCAAUGCUUAUCCCGCAAAUCAGCUUGAUUAAGUCAUCAGUCUGCCUUUUACAAUUCUCUUUUUAAUGAAAUGGAAAACAUUGAAUCUUUUAAAUCUUAUAUUCUUGUCACGAAAAGUAUCAAAUAAAAUAAAUAUUGAUCAAGAUUAAAAGAAUAGAAAGUCAAUCAUAAUUAAUCAUAAUUAAAAUCAUAAUUAAAUGAUAAUUUAAUUUUGUUACAUCGUACAUUAUUUGAAUGCUUAUUUGAAUUGUAUGAAACAAGAAAUUCUCUUUCUCUCAUGUCCAUUUAUCUAAGAAGGAUUAACUCUUUAAAAUUUUAAAUUUUUAAAUAAAUUCCUGAAUAUAAAUUCUUUGAGAUAAUCUUACGUUUUGUAUACUCUUAAUCAAUAAUACGAUACUUAAUCUUGCAUUCAUUGCUAAAGAGCAUUAAGCAGUGCGUCUAGAAAUAAUGUGAACGUUGCAUUUACUUUGGCAUUAUGUUCAUCGAUCGUGCUUUCUGCAUUUGCGGUUAUAGUAAAUUUGCAUUUGGAUUAUGCCGUAUUGGUAUAACCGUAAAUUAUAUUUAUAUCGUGAUGAGCGUCCGUAUUAUCUAAUCGUGUAAAUCAGCUUAUACGUUUUUUAUACAUAUUAAAAUUCAUUUAUUGUAUAUAGAAUGUUAUCUGAGAAAAUUCAAUUUUAAUUAUACAAUUCUUUUUAUAAUAUUUGUUUUUGUCUUUAGCUUAUGUACUAUUUAGAUAUUAGUUAAAAAUAUGUAAUUACAUAAGAAACAAUCGAGUUUUACGGGAUUCUCUGUACAUAUAUAUUGCACAUACAAUUCUGUAAAAAUAUACUGAUAUUUUGUACAUAUUUAUAAUAUCGUUUUCGAACAUGAAAAUGUAAGUUACUUUAUUUUCCACAUUUUGAUAUUUUUUAUGAUUCGCGUUCGCGCAUGAAUUCGAGAGACAGAUGCGGCAUGCAUUGCAAUUUUUGAUAUCUAUGUUUGAUCUCUACAUGAAGCAGUCAUGUGUUUUAUCAUGGUUUUAUCGUAGUAGAAAUAAUUUCAGUCGGCACACAAUGCAUGUCAUUCUCAAAGAUUCAUAAAGGUGGCACUCUAUGCAAGCUAUUCAUGCGUUUUGCCGCAUUAAUAAAUUCACCGGAAAUUAUUUUAAAAAAUGUGCCUCGAUUAUUUGUGGACAUUUAUGCUCCACGAAAAAAGAAAACAAAAAACGCACGAACAGCGUUGUCGUAAACUUAAUUUUUAUUUAAAUUCCGAUAACAUUUCCGUUUUCUUUCUACCCAGAAAUUUUAAUUUACUUCGCAUAGUUUAACGUAAUUUUCAACGUCCAGUGUGAUAUUUUUGCCAUGAAUUGGUUUAAUUACAAGCAUGAAAGAAAAAUUACGUAACGAAAAUUAAAUACACGUUUCUAUUUUUAGAAAGACGCAAGCAGGUCAAUCAAUUUGAUCUGCUUGUGCCGUUUAGCUUUAUUUAUGAAGUAAUUUGCUGUAGAAGGAGCUGUAGGCUCUCGCGGUUUUCGGAAUGAGAAAAUACCAUUUACAGCAGCAUUCCGCUCGAAACGGCUGGCGAGUACCAGCAAUUACUACUUCGGUCGGCGCGCUUCCACUUCUACGACGUCAGUCAGAGAAUUUCAUCGCUUUUCUAGAAUUGCUGCUCUAGACUCUACAUACGGUGCUUGGCACCACACUUGAACACGCUAUCGUACCAGCGUCCAGCAUUCGAUACACGCGUACUCAACUUUACGACACGUCGCGAUUUAGUGCACUCACGCGUGCGUGCAUGCAAGGCGCGACACUGCACUGCGGCGGACUCCCCCGCGGUGGUAAAAUUAUCAAGGGUUGUCACGAGCGGAGAAAUUAUUGGGCUGGACGGGUGCUUUUCCGCGUCGAUGAGAUCGCGAGGGAUUAAGGGUCAGCACGUACAGCGACGUGUCGCUCAGGUCGAUCCACGUGCCUCAAACUUGUCGAAGAUUUACUGCAUUGCAGGUCACGUUAGUGCAAUCAUUGAUGAAUAAGUCAAAGAUUCGAUUUUUUACUGUUUACUGAGAGAGAAAGAAAGAACACUCAGAUUUCUCUCAGCAUGUCAUGUUUGUUAAUUUCGUCAGUCCUAAUUAAAUUAGAUAUAAAAUAUCGCCAAAUAUCAAUAUCCAGGAAUCCAGAUACUGCAAAAUAGAGACGAGAGCAAAACAAGAAUAUCCCUUGCACAUCCGUGCUGUUAUAAAUUUUUAUGUAGCACAUGAUACGUGCAAUAUUGCUGUUAAACAUUUUUAGCUUGCGGUUAUAUUUGAAAUUAGCGUAUGGAUCAAAUUUAAGUAUAACGUAUAUAUCUAUAUACGCUUUAAUUCUCUAUUAACAACGACGUCAUAUAUAGAAUAGAUAAAAAUAUGGUAUUAAAUAUAGGUAGACGCGCGCAGGUCAAUCGUACAUCUACGUCACGGCUUAAUUUCGUUUCGGUACCUUAAUUUUUCGUGUCAUACAUCUUACAACCUCUAUCUCGUCGCAAAAUUAAAAUAAAACGGGCACGAGAACCUAUCGAAAAAUUGAGUGUACCAAUCUUUAUAUGAAAUUCCCCGAGAAUCUUCAUCAAGGCACACUACACGCAAAUUUCCCGGAGAGACCUCGUCUCGCACACGAAAUAAGACGAGAAUGAAUCACGCGUGGUAAUUAAUUACGUUCCACUUUAUCUCCCGCCGACCGAUCGUUAUCCUGGCACAUUCACGCUAGCAAUUGCGAAAUCGAUUUACGAUUACCACUACGCUACGCUAUUACUAAUGGUAUAAUUAAACGUCUGCGAUAAGACCGAUCCGCGAUAUUAAUCAUGGAAGACAGCGCACGGAAAGUCACGCUGACAUUAAGUGCGACACAAUUGCCAUGCGAUUAUUGCGAUACAGUUUCUGCGAGAUUAACGCUUGAAAGAGUGAGAGAAAGAGGAUCAUGCUGCCAGGAUGAGCCGUAAAUCCGACUUAGAAACGACGUAAAGUAUGACUGCUUGUUGUAACCGUUACGCUGCGAUAUUACGACUGUUCAAUUUACGAUCUGCGCUUAUAAAAUUUGUUACGCACUUCGCAUGCGACUGUCAAAAGCGAUAUCGAAUCUUUGCGACCCUUCUAUCUUUUAAAUUAAACGCAGGGCCGAUCCUGCAGACAUCUCAGUUUAUGAAACACAACAUUUUGCGCUGACUUGUUCUUGCGUGAAAUCAGUGUAAAGAAUUACGUUUAUUUGUAUCGUUACAUUGCUUUUAUUUAUAUCAUAAUAUGCUUUAAUAUAAGUUAGAAUUUUAAGAAAAUCUGGGCACAUUAUUUAUAAUGAGUCGAAAGUCAUGAUUAUCUUCUAAAAAGAAAUUUCUGUCGCAUGUUCUACUUUUAUACUGACUUAUCUAAGAUCCUCUAUGUGUUUCUGAAUAUUAUAUCUAAAAAAAUGAAAACUUAUUAAAUGCUCUUUUACGAAAAUAGUUAUAACUUAUUUUUAUUCUUAACUCUUUAUGGUUUAAUAUAAUUUACAAUAUGUUUUCGUGGCAUUUAUGAAAUACCGCGAGCAUAUUUAUCUUAGCUUUUUAUGAAGUCUUUCAAAGUUAUUUACCAAGUUUUGAAAUUUUAUCUGCAUUUUAUUUAUUAAUUUAUAAAUGAAAUUCAUAUCAUUUUUUAGCAAAAGAUAAUAAUCUGUUCAAACAAAUUAUUAUCUUAAAUUAAAUUUCUGUUGGAUUAACUUGAGUAAUACAUAUGUAUCAAACGUCGAAUAAACAUGCCAUUUUGGCAACGGCGAAGCGUCUUGAUUCGGCCCUGUGCAUUGUGUACUUCCUUCUACCUCCAUGUUCUACAUGUAAUGGAAUGUAUUGUUCUUGUUGUCAUGGUUGUUGUUGUUGUUCUUGUUAUUGUCAUCCUCUUAAUGGUUGUCGCCGUUUGUUUUAUACCUUGGUACCCUCUCAAUUGUUUCCGCUCGUUUGUAUCUCGUACGACGCAUGUUUCUCUCUUAAUGCACGUAUAACUCUUUCUUCAUUCCUGAUCCUUCAUCCGUCUCCCUCCGUCUCUCGAUCUCUCUUCGCUCUUCCGGGACGAAAAUCGCCCUGAGACCUUUCACGAGGAACCCUCUCGUCCUCGGGAGAUCCACGUACGUCUUAUGAGCUCGAGAAUUGCUUGAAGUCGAUCAUCGGUCCGGCCGCGUCAAUCGAUUCCAAUAUGUUAAUAACCGAGGACCGUUGGACUCGUGAAAUCUUAAUCUAAAUUCGUACGAUCGACAUCUCGACUCGACGAGAUCUCGAGGAUCCAUUUUUCUUUUCCGAGGAGGGCGAGGAGUGAAGGGAGAGUGAGAGGGAGGCAGAGGCGAAGGAGGAAGGUAGACGUAGUGUAAUUGCUUAGUAUGGAACUAGAAGCUAGAAGCUAGAGGACAAUUGAGAGCUAGAGUAAAAGCGAUGAAAAUGCAAGUAUGAGCGAGAAAAUGCGAGCGAGAAAGAAGAAAUUG